CGGAAGAAGUCCGCAGAGACGCGCCGUUGCCAUGGCACCCGGGUGCUGGCUGCUUCAGGAGCAGGCCCAGGGUUGUCACCGUUGCCUCGUUGUCAGAGCUUAGAAAAGGAGAAGAGAGUUCCUGCGGCCAUCUCUGUGACCCCAGCCGCUGCAUCUUCCACAGAGCAUUAUUCAUUGACAAGUGAAAAAAAUGGAUGAAGAUAAAGGUAUUGAUUCAAAAGAGAGUGGAGAAUAUGAAGAUGACUUUGAAAAGGACCUGGAGUGGUUGAUCAAUGAUAAAGAGAAGAGUAAUGGCAGCAUGAUAGAGGUGGCUUGCAAGAAGGAAGACGAUCUUGACCAGGAAUUAAAAGAGAAGGAAACAGAAACAGAACUCGGCCCACAGCUCUCUGAUCCAGAUAAACCUCCAAAGGAUGAGGCCUUGCCCAGAAGAAAUGACUUCAUUUCUGUCCCGAGUAUUCAGCCGUUGGAUCCCAUAUCAGACUCAGACAGUGAGAACUCCUUCCAGGACUCCAAACCAGAAAACCAGAAAGACCUGGAGGAUGAAGAGGAUGAGGAAGUAAGGAGAUACAUUAUGGAGAAAAUUAUAGAGGCUAACAAGCUUCUACAGACUCAGGAACCUGUGAAUGAUAAAAGGGAGCGGAAACUGAAGUUCAAAGACAAAUUAGUUGAUCUGGAAGUCCCACCUUUAGAAGACAGUGACACUUGUAAAGUUCUCUUAGAAAACGAGACCAAUAUGUCUGGAAAACUGUCACAGUUAUGUAUUUCUGGUGACUUAGGCCAAGAGAGUAUGCUCAUGUCAGUUACUAAUGGCGGCUGUGAAGAAAACGAUAGGAAGAUACUGGUGGAAAGAGAUGGGAAGUUUGAACUUAUGAACCUACAGGACAUUGAGAGUCAGGGGUUCCUGCCCCCCAUUAGCAGUGCUAAUGGUAUGGAACAUGAGUCCUCACAGUUGCCCCUCAGGUCUGCCAACCUGUCUGUCGGCGGCAUCAAGAAAGAAGAGCCCGAGGCAAAGAUUCACAUCAUGACUCUCUCUCAAGCAGGAGAGCCAUUGGCUCAAGUCCCUCAGCCACCAGCCAACCCCAAGAACCGUCCAAGCUCUGCUGCCAACCCAGAUCUAAAUAAAAAAACCAGGAGAUCCAGUCACAGGAUACAGUCAGCGGGUGUCUCUCCAGUGACCUCGACAUACUGUCUUUCACCAAGACAGAAGGAACUCCAGAAACAGCUAGAACGAAAGCGUGAAAGGCUGAAGAGGGAGGAAGAACAGCGUAAGCUAGAGGAGGAGAAUGAGAAGAAAAAGGAGAACGAGAUGGUGUUUAAAGCAUGGCUGCAGAAGAAGAGAGAGCAGGUGGUAGAAAUGCGGCGAGUUCAGCGAGCGAAGCAGAUCGAAGACAUGAGCAGCAGACAAGUGAACAGAGACCCACAGCAAGCUUUUCGACUAUGGCUUAAGAAAAAGCAUGAGGAGCAGAUGAAAGAAAGGAAGACUGAGGAGCUGAGAAAGCAAGAGGAGUGUUUGUUCUUUCUGAGAGGAACAGAGGGCCGCGAGAGGGCCUUUAGACAAUGGCUCAGAAGGAAACAGAUAGAGAAAAUAGCAGAGCAGCAGGCUGUCAAAGAGAGAGCGCGGCAGCUCCGACUGGAAGCUCGGCGCUCCAAACAACUGCAGAGCGGCCUGUACAGUGUGCCCGAGGCCAAGGCUUUCCGCUUCACCGACCACUACAACUGAAGCCGCCUAGGAAAGACUUCGUUUGAAGCUGCUCUCACCAGAAUUGUGUGUGUCGUUUCCCAUGGGCCCCUGUCUUGAUAAUACUCCAAAUUGUGGGAGUGGGAUUUGCCUUUUGGUGAUGCUGAAUUUAUGUUGUUUUCGCAGACACAUAAUAAAUGUCUCUCACAGUGUU